GGCAACACUAACAGACGUCACCGUUCCGUUUUCCGUUCAAUUCACCUGUCGUUAAAAAAAAUAACUUGGCGCCUGUUGUAACCGGCUUCUCAUAAAAGUUGUUUCAUACAAAUAUUGUUUCUUAUUAAAGUUAAACACAUCUCAGUAAACUUUUGUAAGUAUUAUAAUGGCUACAGACGCCGUUAAUAUUUCCGAAGAUGCUGAAAUGGCGGAUUACGACGGAGACAAAGUUGUUACUAUGAUGGAUGUUUUGCAAGAGCAGCAGGAGUUUGAAGACGACGCUAAUGCUGUGCUAGGAGCCUCUGAUGACAAAAACUGCACCUACCCUAAGGGCUACAUAAAGAGGCAAGCUCUCUAUGCAUGCCUCACUUGCUGCAAUGAAGCUAAGACGGAUCCCACUAAGCGAGCUGGUGUGUGCCUCGCUUGCAGCCUCUUAUGCCAUGAAAACCAUGAUCUCAUUGAAUUGUACACAAAACGUAACUUCAGAUGCGACUGUGGUAAUCCUAAGUUUAAUACACACCCUUGCCAGUUCACAUCAUCCAAAACAGACCUCAAUGAAGAUAACAUUUAUAACCAGAACUUUAGCGGACUUUACUGUACCUGCCACAGACCUUACCCAGACCCUGAUACCACUCUUGAAGAUGAUGAUAUGAUCCAGUGUAUCAUUUGUGAAGAUUGGCUUCAUGCCUCACACUUAGAGGCUACUGUUCCUGCUAAUGAUCAGUACUCAGAAAUGGUCUGCAAAGGUUGUAUGGAGAAAAAUGAGUUCUUACACGAUUACACUGGAUUUGCAGUGAAUCUAGAAAAUGGUGAUGUUGACAUUAUUGCUGUGAAUAAUGAUGCCAAAACUGCUGAUAAUAGUCUUUGUAAUGGAGAUCUAGACAAAGAGAAAUUGGUAAAUGGUGUUGAUGGUACUAUUAUUCAUACUAAAACUGCAGAAAAUGGUCAAAUUAAUGGUGAUGUAGAAAUGAAUGAUGAUACUAAAAAACGUGAUGACAGCAGUGAAACAACUGAAAGUAACACAACUGAAAAAAAUACUACCUCAGACACAAGUGAAGAAACCAAAGUGGAAAAGCCUAAUACACUAGAUACAGCAACAACAGAAUUGAAAGACCCUGAAGUGAAGCAAAUCGAAACAAAGGAACAACAAUCUACAGAACAAGAAGAACCUGUUGGAAAUGAGGACACACCUAUUAAAAAUGAUGAACCAAAUGCAACUAUUGACAAAGUUCCAGAUGUACAGUCUGGAGAUAUGGCUGAACAGAAUGAGACAACUGUCAAUGAAGAUAAAACACUUACAAAAGAGGAAGAAAGUAACACAAUUAGUGAAAAUGCAACAAUAGAACAGACUGAUACAGAUAAACAAAACAUAGAACAGACUACUAGUGUAGAAAAAAGUAAUGAAAAUAGUGCUACACAGCCUAGUGAAAACCCUGAACAAGUAUUGGAUGAAGAUAGUAUUCCAACAUCUGAUAAAGUAAAAUCAGACAUUGAAAAAGAAAUCACGUCAGAAGAAAAACCUUCAGAAGCACUUAGUGAAGCAACUAAAGUAAGUGAAGAUAAUACGACAGCUGAAAAACUCAAAGAAACUGAGGAAAAGUCAGAUUCAGUGAUGGACGCAAUAGAUGAAAUAUUAGAUGCAGCAAGCAGUGACAAAAAACAAGAAAACAAAGAUGAUGCUAGUGCACCAACGGACAUGAAGGAAAGUAUAGAAGCUGUAGAUAGUAAGGAUUCGAAGGAUUCUGGUGAUGUUGAAAUGAGCAGUAUAGAAAAGAAAAUCGAUGAAAAUGUUUCCGAGGGUACUGAAAAACCAAAAGAAAAUGAAGUGAAAUGUAGUACUGAUGUAGAAAUGAAUGAUAAUGCUACUGAAAAGCAGCAAGUAACGGAAAAUAAAACUGACAAAGAAUCUGUUGACUCUGUGAAAGAUGUCGAUAGUAUAGCCACCGAUUCAGUCGAGUCCACGAAAGUAGCCAAUGGUAUAGCUCAGAAUGAAAAUGUAGCAGUGAAAGAGACUAAGGAAGAUGACUUGAAAGAUGGAAAAAAAUCAUCUGAAUUAGUGGAAACCGAAAAAAUUGAUCAAGUAAAGGCGACAGAAAUCGCUGAAGAAAGUACAAACGAAAAAGAAUCAAAAGACGUCAACAGAGUAGCUGAUGCAAAGGAAAACACUGGUGAACACAAGCGAAAACUUAGUAUAGACUUAUCAGACGAUGUGUCUUCGAAGAAAGCUAAGUUAGAUGCUGGAUGUGCACGGCCGCGAGGAGUGAAGAGGAUGCAUAUAGGAGCCACGUUUUGGCCAUCAAACUUCCGCCAAAAGCUUUGUACUUGUGGCGAAUGUAUAGCCAUGUACAAAGACUUGAAUGUAUUAUUUUUGACUGACAUGGACGACACAGUUUCGGCCUACGAAAGUUUAGGCAAAGAGAAUGCGGGAGGAGCGUCACAAUACGAGAAAGGCCUCGAAGCUUUAUCGUCAUUAGACAGGAUACAACAAAUUAAUGCCCUCACCGAGUACAACAAAAUGCGCGACAAAUUACUGGAUUUCCUUAAAAGCUUUAAAGACAGGAAAGAAAUUGUUAAAGAGGAAGAUAUAAAGGCGUUUUUCGCAGGUAUGAAGCCGCGACGAGAGCCUGACGGUGUUUAUUUUUGCCGAUAAUAUUGUUAUAGAAUGUUAAGGAAUAUUUUUUUAUAAGUUUCAUUACUUUGAUUUUAUGACCGCAUUCCCACGUUUAGUAUUGUUAUGCGAGAUUGGUUAUUGAAUUCUCAAUAUAUUCAAUUUUGUGACAA